GUGUCAGAGAAGUUAAAGCUAACACACUAUUUCCACUUAAACAUCGGCCAAGCAAAUCUCUGCAUCUUCUCAACUUUUACAACUAAGACAGGAGCAGAGAAGCACAUUUUCCAGGGUGUGUCUCACUGAGGUUCUUUUCGGGAUGUGCAACAGGCUGAAGGAGGAUUUGAAUGAGUGAACUACCAUUGAAUCUGUAACAGAAACUCUCCUGAAAUUGACAAAGCGGGGAAUGCAAAGUAAAAAAAGAAAGACAACAUGGCUAUGGUAGCAGAGUUUCUGGGACAACUAUGUGUGAAUGUUGGGUCUGAUGAACCCAAAUGCCCCACUGUGGUACCUGCAGUGGACUUUGACCCUGACAGAGAUGCUGCGAGAAUAGAGACAGCCAUCAAAACCAAAGGAGUGGAUGAACAGACGAUUAUUGACGUCCUCACAAAACGGACCUAUGCACAGAGGAGAGAAAUUGCUUUUGCUUAUGAAAAGAGGGCAAAGAAGGACAUGAUCUCGGCCCUCAAGGGGGCGCUGUCUGGCUCUCUGGAGACAGUCGUCCUUGGGCUGAUGAAGAGCACUACUCAGUUUGAUGCCUCAGAGGUCAGGGGAUCAAUCAAGGGCUUAGGAACAGAUGAGGAAACUCUGAUUGAGAUUCUGUGCUCACGCAGUAACAACGAGCUGGUGGAGAUCAAAAAAGUCUACAAGGAGUUGUUUAAGAAGGAUCUGGAUAAAGAUGUGGCAGGUGACACGUCUGGGAAUUUUGCCAAGCUGCUCCUGGCUCUGGUGCAGACAAAGAGAGCAGAACCAUCUGCUGUGGUAGACUAUGAAAAGAUCGAUGAAGAUGCCAGAGCACUGUAUGAGGCUGGGGUGAAGAAUAAAGGAACUGAUGUGGCAACCUGGAUCUCCAUUAUGUCAGAGAGAAGCGUACCCCACCUGAGGAAAGUGUUUGACAAGUACAGGAGUUACAGCCCAUACGACAUGCAAGAGAGCGUCAUGAAGGAAGUUAAAGGAGACCUCCAAAGCUCCUUCCUGGCACUAGUCCAGUGCUUUGAAAACAAACAGCUGUAUUUUGCCAACAAACUGAAUCAAGCCAUGAAGGGUAAAGGAGCCAAAGAGAAGCUACUGACCAGAAUUAUUGUGUCACGCUGUGAGGUGGACCUGAAGAAGAUCUGUUCUGAAUACAAGACCAAUUUUGGGCAGUCUCUGCAGAAGACAAUCAUGGAACACACCAAGGGAGACUACCAGAAGGUUAUGCUGGGUCUGUGUGGACCAGAGGAGUAAGAGUGAACCAGGAGAAUCAAGAGAACCUGCACAGGAGAGGCAGGCUUUGGAAAGUCACUGUGGAGACAAACCCAGACAUUCCCCUUUUUUGCACAUACAUUUGAAUUCAACAUUCCAGGAGAUAAAGAACAUGAAGAACCAAUUUUACCUAGCCUUUGUUACUCUCAAACCGCAAUAAAGUUGUUCUGCUGGAGUGUUGCUCCUUACUUUACUUGUAUUCCAGUCAGACUGACUUAAUGUUUGCUUGGAUGGCCAUUAGAGGGAGCUAGAGUAACAUUUAAAGAAGGGCAGGUAGCUCUAGCUUAUCUGUCUUAGGGCCUCAUCUCUGACAAAGUAAGGAGGACGAUCUCCCUUUUUAAUACAAUGAAUAAUAAAAAUAUUUGAUGGUUUAACACAUUUUUGGAUUCUUAUGGUCAUUGUCCAAAAACAAGCAUAUGUUACAUAAGUAGAAGAUAAAAAAUGUACAAAUACCAGCAUUUUACCUGCACUAGUGAUGAAUAAAGAACAGAUAUGUAGCUGAAGAAAUAUGAACAUUUUGAUUAAAAUUUUUAAUAUACAUUAUAUUUUAAGUUGUCAUGUUGGAGCAUUUGUACAUUGCAGUCAUUGAAAAUAUACUUUGAUUCACUUCAUCUAAUAAAGAAAUAAUUAUAAGAAA